AUGGUGGAAGCUGAAAUCAUCUCUGUAUUAUCUCAAGCGUAUUCAAGCAACGAUCCUUCAGUAUACGAACUAAGUGAGCCAAGCACGCAUACUAAGUCUGUGAAGCUCACUCCGGCUACUUUAGAUAAGCGACUAUUCUACAAAGUGAAAGUCAACGGAGUGAAUGUGACUCCAGAUAAUAUACUGGAUCCCGGGUACGCAACGCUAGAGGACCUGACUACACACGCCGCGUUCGAUCAUAGGUCUCGAUCUAGAUUUGAUGCGGCCAUUAAAUAUACCAGAUCUAAGUCCAGGGCAGGUGUAGAAGCUAUUACCGGUGCAAAAGUCUAUGCUACUACCAUCAAUCUCGAUGAUAUCGAAAUUGAUGUCUCAAUCAACACUGAGGAAGGAGUAGAAAUAGAGGACAAGCUAGUUUCUCCUGCUCCAUCUGCAUUUUACUUACCAAAAUUGCCACCACUCACGACUUAUCCACCAGAAAUAUUUGUUACUCUUAAAGAAACUGAAACAGUUUUCUUAAUUUCUUUGCCGUGUUUAUCGUACGAAAAAGGAUCACGAGAAGGAAAUUUCAUAGAAGAGGAUAAUGCUUUUUAUGAUUACAUCACCCUAGGAAAAGGGAAAAAUAGAAAAAUAGUCAAUGAAGAAACACAAACUCAUAUAAAAAUGGUACAGACCAGACACACACUUGCGACGAGGCCCCAGAAAAAGAACGCCAUAUCAUUUGCGUCAAUGUGGGACAUGCAUGAUACUUAUGAACAAAUCGAACAAACGGUAGCCGAAGAAGAAGAUGAUGAAAUGGUAAUGUAUCAAUCUGCAGCAGCCCAUAUGUUACGGAAGAAAAGAAAAAAGAUCGAUGCACACAAGCGUGUUGGAAAAACAUUUGAAGAGAUAGCAGCUACACAUCAAUAUUUAGAUGCGGUACUUUUAAUGGAACGAGUGCUCGCUUCAUUGGUAUUUGCUGCACAACAGAAAACGUUUCGAGGGGUCAUCGAUAUCGAUCCUUUAUCAUUGGAUUUAAUAUACAUAUACACAUUGGCUAAGUUGUGGACAUAUGGGUGUGAGGAGACUCUGAACAAACCAAUCUCUAGCAUAUCUUUCAAUCCAAAGUAUCCAAACAUAUGUGCUAUAUCUCAUGGCAAAUUCGGUUAUGCAGAUGUCUGUCAAGGUAUUGUUUGUAUUUGGAGCACAAAAAAUCCAAGAAAACCAGAGCGACUUUAUCGUUUUAAAGCACCGGUUACUUGUGUCAGUUUCUCGAAUAAAAAUCCAAACUGGUUGGCGUGUGGUUUCUGUGAUGGCGAUGUAAUAAUAUUAGAUAUUACUUCGUACUCUAUCAAAAUAAAAGCAAGAAGCAAACGUGAUACAAACCCUUGCUUUGAACCCAUUUGGGUUAUAAAUUGGCGCUCUUUAGACAAAGAAAGCGAAUUUGUGAUGACAGCAAGUCAAGACGGAAGAAUCCGUAGAUUUCAAAGUACAAAAACACACGAGUUCAUCAGUACGCCCAUGAUGCGAGUAUCUGCCGUUGAAGGCAAGCUGAAGGGACUAGAAACCACCAAACCGUGCCCUAAACAUGAUGUGCCCAUUACUAGAUAUCCCGCGGUGUUUUGUAUGAUAUGGCACCCCACUAUAGACCACUGCUACCUGGUGGGCACAGACGAGGGCUGCAUACACAGAUGUUCUACGCACUAUCUCAACCAGCACAUAGAUGUGUACCGCGCUCACGCGGGCCCCGUCACGGACUUGUGUAACUCACCCUUUAUGAACUACUUGCUGGCUUCCUGUGGCGCUGACAAUGCUAUUCGGCUGUGGAUAGAAGGCAUGGAUGAUGUUAUAUUAACACUGACUUGCCAAAACGCUGUGAACGGUAUAGCAUUUUGUCCAAUAAAUGCUACUAUUUUGAUAUCUGCAAGUGGGAACACAUUAUCAGUUUGGGAUUUACGUCGAAAAACUCAUAUGCCAUGUGCUGAACAUAAAUUUCCCCAUGAUGUAAUGUUGACGUACAUAAGAUUUGCGCCCUGUGGACACAAUGUUUUUGUCGGUGACACGACGGGGAGGCUGCAUACUUUUCAUUUGGAGGACACUCCUAUACCACCGUUUAAUCAGCAAAAGCUAUUGGAUGAUGUGAUAAGAAAAGCCCUGUGCACCAGACCUCACAUGUUGAAGCAACUCGAUAAACUUAUGAGAUUCAAAAAGCGGAAGAGUAAUUAA